AUGACCGUUAAUUAUAAUCGAGACGCAUCAACAUCUAAGUCAUGGACGUUCUUCAAGCUAUUACUUAAAUGGAAAGGGAGCAUAUGGAAAGCUGUAUAUUUGGAGUUAAUAAUUUUUCUUUUCAUCUAUGAGAUCAUCUCGGUCGUCUAUCGACGUGCGCUAAACCCAUCCCAGAGUUUCGAAGCCCUGGUACGAUUUUUUGAUGCGCGCCUGUCCUACAUUCCUUUGGAACUUGUUCUUGGAUUUUUCUGUACUCAAGUAUUCAACAGAUGGAACAAGCAAUAUGACAACAUAGGAUUUAUAGACAAUAUUGGUCUCAUGACAGCGCUGUAUGUCCGAGGAAGAACCGAACGGGCACGAAUGUACCGGAGAAACAUUUUGCGUUAUUGUGAAUUAGUACAGGUUCUCGUUUUUCGUGAUAUUAGCAUGAGAGUCCGGCGACGAUUUCCUACGAUAGACACAAUUGUUGCAGCAGGACUCAUGCUUCCUCAUGAAAAGGAAAUUUUUCAAUCAUACAGCGAUGCGACAGGUACUCCAAAAUAUUGGAUUCCAGCAAGCUGGGCACUAUCAAUGACAUAUGAAGCAUGGAAACAUGGAUAUAUUGAAAGCGCCUACUAUAAAGUUGUACUUCAAGAAGAAAUUAGAAAAUGGCGUACCAAUUUGGAGUGGGUAUUCAAUUACGACUGGGUGCCAUUGCCAUUAAUGUAUCCACAGGUAGUGUGUAUGGCAGUGCACCUCUACUUCCUCGUCUGCAUACUAGCACGGCAACAGGUUAUUGUCGAUCAUGAACUUAGAACUGAGAUUGAUAUCUUCUUCCCCAUCAUGACAACACUACAGUUUGUCUUUUAUAUGGGAUGGAUGAAAGUGAUCGAGGCAGUGAUUAAUCCUUUUGGAGAAGACGAUGAUGACUUUGAAACGAAUGCACUAAUAGAUAGAAACAUUACGGUACGAUAUGACCGGCCUCCUGAACUACGUCGCGAUCCAUUUUGGAAUGAAAUCCAUCCGUUGUAUUCCGAAGAAACAUCUCGUAUUCCCAACCAUCCACCCUGUGGAUCAGUUAGUCAAGUGAAGUAA